UGUGGCCGGCGGUACAUAGUACACCAGGAACAUUAGAAGAGAUUAGUGUAACAACAACAUAGGGACUAGUGAAUCUAUGCUGCUGCAGUACAUUCAGCAGGAAGACAUCCAAACAUUUUGUGGACCAACCGGAUUAGGAAGAUAACUUAUUUGUUUGUUCUCUUUGUCUCUCACACGUCACAUCCUCAGUGCAUACUCGCAAUGAACUUUGGUACGCCACCAGUUCCAGUAAGGAAGCCAAACACAGUCCGGAGUGUGAGCAUGAGUAGUGGAAUGUAUCGACCUCGGACCGUACUUCCCCCGGCACCGUGGGUGAAGCAAAAGAAACAGAAACCACCGGCCCAGCCCCCAGCCUACGAGCCCAAACCCCCGGAGGAUUUCCCCAUGAAGUUGACUCUGAAGCUAGAGGAUGAGGAUAGAGACACCGAUAUCGCGAAGCUCUGCAGCGAUGCCUUGACGGAGUUACCUCUACUGGUGCAAGUGAAGGAGGCACUUGAGGUGGAAGGGAGCCCAGUGAAACUGGAGAAGGGUGAAAUGUUGAUGCUGCACUUCAUUGGGGAGAUACCUAGAGUACAUGCUGUGGACUCAUCGGAUGGCAGUGAGAUGUGGCUACCAGUCCAAGCUGAACAGGAGUACGAACGCCUCCCGUUAGAUCCGAGGCUAGAUGAUAAGUUAAUCAUGGGGGUGACUGCUUUAAUGCAAUCCAAGCCGAUGCCAUCUGUUGUUCGUGCAGUGGAGGGCUAUGGCUCAGAUGACUGCUCAGAAUGUGUGGAUACGGAGGAUAUUAUCCAGAUCAGCCACGUGGAGGAGUCUGUCAGGCGGGAUGGCAGCCAAAAAAUUUUGAUCGCCACAAACCAGGUCGGACAUAACCUUCGCCUUCAUAAGGACAUGGAAUGUGCAUACUUCACCACCAUGCUCUCAGCCUUGUUCCUUCAUAUGUCACAGCUGGUUGAAUUAGACUUCCCACAACGUGUUCGUGUCGUUGAGGAAAAAGCAAUGGAACUCCGUCGACCAAAGGAGGAAAAAAUCCUGAAACUUCUGUCCUACAAGAAGGAGUUUCAAGUGAUUGCAACGAGAGCCAAGUCACCGAGUCUAUUGGCAAUUCCACUGACUGUUCCACUCAGAAUUACUGUUAUUCCCUUCAAGGAGAAACACACGAAGAGGUGCCUCCCGCCCCUGUUCCUUACCCUUAACCUAACCUGGGGAUAUACAGAGGUGGGUCGACCAGAGCUGCCUACCAAAAUGAAAGGCAUUACUCAACCAUUACCAGAAGUCAUUCAUGCAUGGCUGGACAGCUAUGAAGGGAAAGAGCAUUGUUGCGCUACUGCUAAGGUCUCCAAAACGGACAUGGAGAGAGAGCUGAAAGAAUUGACUUACUACAACAAGGAUUUGUCGGAUAGACUGUCUAACUUGAACAGCACCAUGAAACCCUCUGUCCCAUCUCGUGAAAGUACAUUGCCUGCCCCACCUCGCCCACCCAAGCCCAAAACAACUACGCCCAAGCCAACCCCACGUAAAAAACCAACCAUGGGCCAAAAGGUGCUCCCAUCACCUACUGAGAAACCUAAGUCUGCACCUCCCAUCAUUGCCAAGAAACACGUUCAAAAGUUUGUGAUGCCAGAUAAGAGCGGUGGUGAUGGAUAUGAAGUACCACAAAUUUUUCCUGAGAGUGGCGAUGAGGAACAAGAGGAUGAUUACGAAGAGGUUCCAGACCUCACGUCCACCUCCAAAGACCUGGAAAAAAGCACCGUCAGUGAACUCAAAAAAAUACUACAACAAAAAGAGAAGGUGAUUGGAAAUUUAAGGGACCAAAAUGAAAACCUCAUGGACACCUGCAAGAACCUCGAAGAAGAAAAGGAGAAAAUACGACAGACUAGUCUACAACAUGUUGAAGAAAUCAACCGCCUCCAGUGUGAAAUCGACCGCCUACUCUCCGUGGCCGACCAAGACAUUUACGACACCAUAUCCCCAUCAGAGCGCCCGCUACCCAGCCUCCCGCAGGGCUCGAGCAUCUACACCACUCCAGACACGCUGAUGGUACAGAGGGCGUGCCUGUCCCGCACCGACAUCGAAGGUGUGGCUGAUGUUUUACGGUCCCUGAACCUCAGCCGCUACAUCGAAAAGUUCAAGGAGGAAAGUGUUGACGGUCCAUUGCUGGUGACUUUGGAAGAUGGAGAACUGAAGGAUGACUUGGGGAUGACAGGGCUUCAUGCUCGCAAGUUGUUAUUAGAAAUAAAGAAACGAAUCAAAUAAGAAGAGAGACAGCUACUGUUAUGGUUUUCCCCAACAAAUUUCAAAGUAAACUUUUUGCAAACUACAGAUGUUUUCAACCACUGUUGUAUUUAAGGGAAUCACAUGAUCCGAGUCAUGUCAGGAAAUGAGACUUGACUCAAUGGUUUACAUUAUGGGAACAUUUUAUCCAUAUAUCAGUACCUAAGCCAUUAUUCAAUACAACAUGUAUGUAGAAAACUUAGUUAGCAUGCGAUACAUUUACUAACAGAAAACAUGGGCUUUCUCAAACAUCGACUUAAUAUCUCUAACAUUGACUUACUAAUAUCUCGAACAGUGACUUAAAGCCAUUGGACCCUUUCGGUACAGAAAAAAAA